UCAAGAAGAAGCUGCCCAAAGACCCCCCCUCGGGCGAGAGCCGGGAGAAGAAGCUGAAGCCGAAGGGAGACAAGAGCGACCCCGAUGGCAAAGCUAAACCUGCCAAAAGCACCAAGAAGGAGUCCAUGUCCAUGUUCCAGGUGAACGGGGAGAAGAAGGAGAAGAAAAGCAAGAAGAAAGCCGCCACCAGCAGUGACGAGGAGGAUGAUUCCGACGCCAGCACCAAACCCAUCAGGUCGGAGAAGAAGAAAAACCCGGCGUCCCUCUUCCAGACUGGCGGGGACCCCCCCAAGGAGAAGAAAACCAAAAAGAAAGCCCCCCCCAAAGCGGCCGAGAGUGACGAGGACACCCCGGAGACCCCGCAGAAAAACUCCAACAAGAAGGGCAAAGGGAAGAAAUCAAAGAAGGUAUGAACCGAGGAGAGGCCCCCGUCGCCCGUCAUCGAGGUGGACAACCUGGAGGAGUUCGUGCUGCGGCCGGCGCCGCAGGGGGUGACCGUCAAGUGCCGAGUGACACGGGACAAGAAGGGGAUGGACCGGGGGCUUUACCCCACCUAUUACGUCCACCUGGAUAAUGACAAGAAGGUGUUCCUGCUCGCCGGGAGGAAGCGUAAGAAGAGCAAAACCUCCAACUACCUCAUCUCCAUCGACCCCACCGACCUGUCGCGGGGCGGGGAGAACUUCAUCGGGAAGCUGAGGUCCAACCUGAUGGGAACCAAGUUCACGGUGUUCGACAACGGCGCCAACCCCGACAGGGCCAACGCCAACUGGUCCAACGUGCGGCAGGAGCUCUCGGCCGUGGUCUACGAGACCAACGUUUUGGGGUUCAAAGGCCCCCGGAAGAUGACGGUCAUCAUCCCCGGGAUGAACGCCGACAACGAGAGGGUGCCCAUCCGGCCGCGGAACGACAACGACGGCCUCCUGAUGCGGUGGCAGAACAAGAACAUGGACAACGUGAUUGAGCUGCACAACAAGGCGCCGGUGUGGAACGACGAGACCCAGUCCUACGUCCUCAACUUCCACGGCCGCGUCACCCACGCCUCCGUCAAAAACUUCCAGAUUGUGCACGGCAGCGACCCCGACUACAUCGUGAUGCAGUUCGGGCGCGUGGCAGACGACGCCUUCACCAUGGACUACAACUACCCGCUCUGCGCCGUGCAGGCCUUCGCCAUCGCCCUCUCCAGCUUCGACGGGAAGCUGGCCUGCGAGUAGCGCCCGCGCCGGGGUCACCAGGGCCACCAGGGCCACGUGCCGGUGCCGGGUGGAUGCUCCUGCAUCCCCAUCCUGCUCCACACCCUCCGUUUCCACCUUCUGCACAGUGAAUUCUCGCGGUGACAGCGGCUCCCGGCGUGGCUCGAGGUG